CAAUGGUAGAUGCUGUUUUGUUUUUUUCCACACAAAAUAAUCCGAGCAAUAAUUUGGGACUCUCGCGCACACGCUGGUGACGUCACGCGAUGUUUUUAGUGCUAUGGCGUACCAGGAAGGGGAGUCGCUUGAAUCUUGGCUCAAUAAAGCCACCCAUCCGACAAACAGACAGGAGGACUGGGAGUACAUCAUAGGCUUCUGUGAUCAAAUCAACAAGGAACUGGAAGGUCCUCAAAUAGCUGUGACUCUGCUCGUCCAUAAAAUCCACUCACCACAAGAAUGGGAAGCUCUUCAGGCUCUGACAGUAUUGGAGGCAUGUAUGAAGAACUGCGGGAGGAGGUUUCAUAAUGAAGUCGGAAAAUACAGAUUUUUGAAUGAGCUGAUUAAAGUUGUGUCUCCAAAGUACAUGGGGGACAGUGCACCUGAGAAGGUGAAGAUGAAGAUCAUAGAGAUGCUGUACAGCUGGACGGUGGCUUUUCCAAAUGAAACCAAGAUCGGUGAAGCCUACCAGACGCUGAGAAGACAGGGCCUCGUGACACAUGACCCGGAGUUACCGCUGGACAAGACUCUGAUUCCCUCUCCCCCGACACGACCGAAACAUCCGGUGUUUGACAACGAGGACAUGGGCAAGCUGCUUGCUGAGCUACUCCGGAGUAAAAAUCCAGAGGACCUCCAGGAAGCCAACAGAUUAAUUAAAAACAUGGUGAAAGAGGAUGAGGCUCGAGUGCAUAAGGUUACAAAGCGUAUACACACACUGGAAGAGGUGAACAUCAAUGUCAAGCUGCUGACGGAGAUGCUGUCCCACUACAAUAAAGACCGCUCCACUGACUCAGACAAGGAUAUCAUUAAGGAGCUCUACGAGCGGUGUGACAAGCUGAGGCGUGCGGCUUUCAAAAUGGCUACUGAGACAGAAGACAAUGACACCAGUUUAGGUGAUAUCCUGCAGGCCAGCGAUGACCUCUCCAGAGUCAUUAACUCCUAUAAGAAGAUAGUUGAGGGGCAGCCCAUCAACGGUGACAGCGAGGAGCCUCGAUCUACAGCUGGUCACGGCGAGAGUGAGACCACAGAUACACUGAUCGACCUCGCUGGCCUCGAUGCUCCGAGCCCUCCUCAACCUGCCGCCCCUAUUUUUCAGUCCUCAAAUCUUGUUUCCACCAAUCCUACGGCUUCCCCCAUCCCUGUUCUGCCUCCUCCUCCCAAACGUCCGGCCGGCUCCCAUGGCAGUCAGAGCAACAGCCCGAGUCACCCCCCCCUCGACAAGGCCUCCACUGCACUCUCUCUCCUUGACGAUGAGCUGCUGUCUCUAGGACUGAACGACCCCCCUAUCUCUCUGAGCAGCCAAUCAAAACCCAAGUUGAACGACUUGACCAAUCAGUGGCCUUCCUUGCAGGCUCCAGCUUCAGGUGUGGAUAUGUUUUGCAGUAUAGCUUGUUCAGGUCCUGUGGUGCCUCCAGGUGAACCAGCUGCUGCCACACACAGUCUACAGAACCUGCAAGACCUGGCCAUGAUGGACUUUUCAGAUCACAAGAGUUUGUCCAUCAAGAUGACGGCCAAAGGAAGCAGCUUCGGGAUGCCUGCAGCAGCACCUUCCCUCAUACAUGGGCAGGGUUCUCCUUCUUCACCUUCUUUUCUCCAGGGUACGAUGCCCGGCUCUCCUGCUCUGUCCUAUGCCAAGGCCCAGAGCCUGGGCUCAGCCCCGGGCAGCCCGCUGUUCCGCUCUCUAUCCCCUUGUCACCCUCCCCUUCAGGGCAGCCCGGCCAGAGCCACAGACAUCUCCCUCAGCAAUGUGCACGUCCCUCUGGAGGCCAUCAGACCGAGUAAAGUGCUGCCUGUGACGGCCUACGAUAAGGACGGUGUUCGCAUGCUCCUCAACUUUGCAUCUGACUGCCCCCCCGGCAGGCCUGACGUGUUGGUGAUGGUGGUGUCCAUGCUCAAUACAGCACCCUUGCUCGUUCACAAUGUGGUACUGCAAGCGGCUGUGCCCAAGUCAAUGAAGGUGAAGCUGCAGCCUCCAUCAGGAGCAGAACUGGCACCAUUUAACCCUAUCCUCCCUCCAGCCUCCAUUAACCAGAUCAUGUUGCUGGCCAACCCAACAAAGGAGAAGGUGCGUCUGCGCUACAAGCUGGCUUUCACACUAGGAGAGCGUCUGUAUAAUGAGGUUGGAGAGGUCAACCAGUUUCCUCCACCAGAGACAUGGGGUCAUCUAUAGAAGUGUGCAGGCCUGCUGCCACUUAGCAGGGACAGACUGCUUCAUACUCCAUGAAGGGGUGUGUGCAUAUUUACAUUUACCCCAGAGAGAAAGAAGGGGAAGGUGGGGGAAUUCAGCUGCACUCUGCCUUUCAGCUUCACAUUCAGUGUAGUUGUUAAUUUGGCCGUUGUUGUUACAGGCAGUGAGAAGCUAACAGCAGACACAAAAGUUGCAUUUACAUAGUGCUUGUAUACUUUUCUGCAACUAUUUGGCAAGUAAGACAGCCGUGGUGUUUACAGGUCGAUGGAACUAACAUAAUAUUUUAAUGGAUUUUCCCCAAGAUGAACAUAACAGAUUUGAAUGUACUAUAAAUAACCAAUGCAUUAGAGCUCAGACCUGACUGAUGUGAUGGAUUGCAGCAUAACAAACUUACUUUUGUAAGAACAGAGCCAAGAUACAACAGUUACAGAUACAAAAACUUGUAUUUAUUCCUCUGGCUGAGCACUUUCUUAGCCCACAGAAAAUAUACUUGAAUAUAUCCAGGAAUUUGAAAAUGGCAUGUAGUAGAUGUCUUCGGAUGAGGGUAAACUGAAACAUUAAUUUAAGUAAAAUGUACUGUACUGAUUAUUUCAGCCAUCAAGAAGUUUGACAUGGUUAUUAUACGAGUUAAUGUAGCCCCGUUUUAGAUUAGUGGACCAACAAUAUUUAAUGUUGUGCUGUAAAGGCAACCAACUGCACUUAAGAUGGUUCAUUCUUUAAUUACAAAUAUGUCAAGUCUGAGUUCAAUUUUUUUUUUUUUUUUUUUUUUUUUUUUUUUAUUAAAUGAACGGCAAUUGUCCGCAUUUCAUUCAUGAUUUUAGCAGUGGGUAUCUAUAUUUUUGUUCUGAAUUUAAAAGAUGUUUACUCUUCUAUCAAUGUCAGUAUUGAGAGUAUUUAUCAUAUUAUGUCAUAUUUAUUCAUUUGUUAAUAGUAUUUCAGUGCAUCACUGAACCUAGAAAAUGUGAACUGAAAGCUCUAAAUUUGUUAGCUC